AUGGGGCUGAGGGCGGAUGUUGGGAGUGCGGGCGGGCUCGGGGGUUGCCUGGAGGCUGCUGCCCGCACACAGAAGGCGGCUGCAGCUUGGGUGCCCAGGCGGGCUGGAGGGGCAUGGCCUGGGCGGCCCCGGGAUCGCCAGCGCGCCCAACUGAGGGUCCCCAGGGCGUACCUCCCGCCCCACUCCUCCACCGCAGGGAGUUCGAGGCCGCUGGCAUGGGCACUCGGCAUUCACCCCGAUGGGGUUGAGCGGCAGGUUCUCAGUUCUCGCCCCUGUGCAGCCGCCGCCGGGCAGAAUGCCUGGCUUGGCCGCAGCCCCCGGGACACCUGGCCCUGGUUCUGCGAUGCUGGGAGCGCGAGCAGGCUCGGGAGUUACCAGGCAGUUGUUGCCUGCACACAGAGGGCGACUGCAGCUUGGGCGCCCAGGCGGCGGAGCAUGGUCUGGGUGGGCUCCAGAACGCUGCGCGCCAGGCCUGUGGGCCCCCCUGGUGGUGCCGCCCGCCCCGCUCUUCCUCUGCCGGAGCCUGGAGCAGCUGGAAUGGCCACUCUGCAGUCACUGGGGAUGGAGUUAAGUUUUCUUAUCCCAUGCAUGCACACGAAAAGAUCUCCUUUACAGGAAAGGGCUCAGAUGAGAAGAAACCGUUCAAAGGAAAAGGCAAGACCGCCUCUUCCCAUUCCAGUGAGAAGCACAUACAAAGGCAAGGGAACUGUCCAGAAGAGGAACGCAGCUUGAUGUUAAAAAAAAAAAAAAAUCAAAGUCCUCCACUGCUGUGCACUACAGUGAAAUCCAGGAGAUCUGUGAUGCCCACCAUAAGGGACAUUCGAGGGCUUGCACUGGGCACAGCCAGUGGCACAGGUCUGGGGCCCUAGGAUUCCAAUGACCAGCACUUGGAAAAAGCUUGGUGACCUCUGUUGGAGCUAUGCUGGAGGCUACUUAUCAAGACCUAGCCCAGGUGUGGGCACAGCAGGUCCAUUUUCCACUGACCUGAGAGCAGCUCACAUUGCUGACUUGGAUCUGGGGGCCUCUGUGUGCCCAGGUGCAGACCUUCUAUGCCAUUGCCACCCAGGGAGCUUAAGUCUUACCUGCUGAGGGUUGGCUUGUCUCAGCCACACUGUCUGGUCCUGGGGAUAGAGGCCCGAAUAGAGAAGCUCACCCUUUUUUGGGCAUGCUGUACCUGAGCAUGUCAGUACCUGAGCAUGUCAGUGGGUCCGAUGAGGCUUGAGCUGAGAGGACCCUGACCCUAUUCAGCAGAGGAUGCAGCUCUGGGAAUGAGAACGAGGACCUGCUACUGCUCAGAUUUCUCUAGAUGACCAGCAGUGACAAUAUUAGAUGCACUGUGUUAAUAAAUGACAGAACAUGAAGAAAUCAUAGGAAAUAAAUUUGAACGAUAUAAUCAGAAUGGUAAGCUCUGCAUUUUGUAAAAGGCCGAUGCUAUAGACAAAUUUUAUAUUUCAUGUUAGAUAUGGAGGUCUGAUGACAGUCAUGCAUUUCUAUGUAAUCAGGAAAAUAUUAGAAUGUGAUCAUAUGAGUUUGCAUAUUUUAGAUUGUAGAAAAGAAAUGUUACCCAGGCUGGAAUGCAGUGACACAAUCUUAGCUCACUGCAACCUCCGCUUCCUGGGUUCAAACAAUUCUCAUGCCUCAGCCUCUCAAGUAGCUGGGACUACAGGCAUAUACCACCAUGCCUGGCUAUUUUUGUUUUUUUUUUGUAUUAUUAGUACAGACAGAGUUUUGUCACAUUGGCCAGGUUGGUCUCAAACUCAAGUGAUACGCCAGCCUUGACCUCCUAAAGUGCUGGGAUUACAGGCAUGAACCGCCUUACCAAGAAAUUGCUCCUCUUUUAUUUCAGAAUAGGUUGUAGGCUCUCACUCUUCUAGCCUGAACCCAUGAAGUACUAAUAUCCAAAAAACAUUAAUAGCACUUGCUGUGGAAAAAUGAUUACACAUUUUAAAGUUUGAUAUAAUUAUAGUAAAAUUACCAUGCAAGGUGUUUACUUUUAAUAUUUUUACAAAAAAAUUAACGAUAUAUUAAAUGGUAAAUGAUUGUACUCAUUUAUUCACCUGCCUCAUGUUUUCAUUAUAAACAUCCUAAAUUAAAUCCUAUUGUAUUUUACACGUUUCAAUUGAUUGUAU